AUGAUGAAAUAGAAACUAUUAAAAAUAUUAUAGGAAAAGACCAAUAAGCCAAUUACUUAGUAGAAACAACAUUCAAAUAUAGAUCAUUAUUCAUUGUAAAGGAAAUUGUCUUAGCAAUCUCAUAAAUUGCCUAUUGAAAUGAAUAAAUCUGCAAGAGAGAUAUGGUUAUUUGAAAUAUUAAAUAAUUAAAAUCUCACAUAAAAAGUAUCAGUAGAUUGAUGAAAGUUAAGGUCUAGUAAUUGAAGUAAAUUUAGGCAAGAACAAUCAAAUUAAUUAAAAAUUAUCAAAAUAAAGAGAUAAAAUGGAAUAAAAAAAGAGAUGCUUUAUAAAACGAGGUAGAUUUACUACGACAAUUAUUAUAUUAAUAUUGA